ACAAUCACAACAACUGCUCCUGAAACAUCUACAACGACAGAGACUUCCACAAUCACAACAACUGCUCCUGAAACAUCUACAACGACAGAGACUUCCACAAUCACAACAACUGCUCCUGAAACAUCUACAACGACAGGGACUUCCACAAUCACAACAACUGCUCAUGAAACAUCUACAACGACAGAGACUUCCACAAUCACAACAACUGCUCCUGAAACAUCUACUACGACAGAGACUUCCACAAUCACAACAACUCCUCCUGAAACAUCUACAACAACAGAGACUUCCACAAUCACAACAACUGCUCCUGAAACAUCUACAACAACAGAGACUUCCACAAUCACAACAACUAUUCCUGAAAUAUCCACUACCACAGAAACAUCUACAACAACAGAGACUUCCACAAUCACAACAACUGCUCCUGAAACAUCUACAACGACAGGGACUUCCACAAUCACAACAACUGCUCCUGAAACAUCUACAACGACAGAGACUUCCACAAUCACAACAACUGCUCCUGAAACAUCUACUACGACAGAGACUUCCACAAUCACAACAACUGCUCCUGAAACAUCUACAACGAUAGAGACUUCCACAAUCACAACAACUGCUCCUGAAACAUCUACUACGACAGAGACUUCAACAAUCACAACAACUGCUCCUGAAACAUCUACAACAACAGAGACUUCCACAAUCACAACAACUGCUCCUGAAACAUCUACAACAACAGAGACUUCCACAAUCACAACAACUGCUCCUGAAACAUCUACAACGACAGAGACUUCCACAAUCACAACAACUGCUCCUGAAACAUCUACAACAUCAGAGACUUCCACAAUCACACCAACUAUUCCUGAAAUAUCCACUACCAGUGCAACAGAAACAUCUACAACAACAGAGACCUCCACAAUCACAACAACUGUUCCUGAAACAUCAACCACUAGUGCAGCAGAAACAUCUACAACAACAGAGACUUCCACAAUCACAACAACUGCUCCUGAAACAUCUACA